GACACUCGGCUCGGCUGUUUCUGUAAGCGUCGAGCAGUUGAACCGCUUCGAAAUCGAAACACCUUCAAGGACUUUUGAAUUAAGUAAAAUGGCAGUGUCGCUUCACUUCCGACAGCUCCUAUAACAUACAACAGAGAGGUAUCCCUCUUACCAUCAGGUUCCUACAGCAGCCAUCUCUGAGGUCAACUGAAGUCUCUCCUGUACCAAAGAGUUGUAAACGAGACUGCCAUCGCUCCAGGUCCAGAACCGACCUCACUGGGGUGCUCGGGUAGAGGAAGACAUCCUGAUGAUUGGAGCCCCAGCAGUCCAAGAGCCUUCGCUAAAGCAGAGAGACCAGAAGACCACAGCCUGAACCAACCCUUUGUCUUUCAAACCUAAUUAAACUUUAAAUAUCUUAAGAAAAAAUAGACCGCGUUCAUCUGAAAAAGAGAGGGAGGGGGAGGAACAAGCAUCAGACUCUGGUCUGACUGGAAGACACCCAUACACAGUCAGCCUGCCCCGUUGUCCUCGGAUGGAGACCCUGGCUGGAUCCAGACUCAGCUGCAACAUUACAGGAUGUGAUUCCCAGUAAACUAGUCCUACAGAGAGAAACACAGCAUUGCAGAGCGCAGCAUGAAUGCAGUGAAAACUACUGAGCUGUCUGUCCACAGUAAGGAGAACAGGCAAAGUCCUGGACACCUAAAGACUAAAGAGGACAAUGAGGACCCCCAAGACAAGAAGGACCUCAGCAACCACACAACCAGGAAGCAGCCCUCAACCAAUGUGAGCAAGAAGGUUCUGCAGUUCAGACUCCAGCAGAGGAGGACUGGAAAGCAGCUUGCAGACCAGGGCAUCAUGCCUCUAAACCAUGGGAUGUUUCCUAAGCAGGAGGACUCGUAUGCGUUCGAGGAGGACAGCAGCAGUGACAGUAUGUCUCCAGAGCAAAUCCACAGUAGCAGUCUGUCUCCAGAGCAACCCCACAGUGACAGUCUGUCUCCAGAGCAACCCCACAGUGACGAGUCCCAGGGGUCCGCAUGCCCCUCUUCUGAAGCCAUGGGCAGCACCCCCUCCUCCUCCUCAUCACCAGCCCUCACUGGACCUAGACAGUCCAAGACGCCAGACAAGAACCGCCACAAAAAGCCCAAAGACGUGAAGCCUAAGGUGAAGAAGCUGAAGUACCACCAGUACAUCCCUCCGGACCAGAAGGCCGAGAAGUCCCCCCCUCCCAUGGACUCAGCCUAUACCAGGCUCCUGCAGCAGCAACAGCUCUUCCUACAGCUGCAGAUCCUUAGCCAGCAGAAACAUGCACACACACAUUCGCACACACACUCACAGUACACACACUCCCAACAUGCCCAACACACACAGCAACACCAGCAUAGCUUCAACUACCAGCCUCUGCACCAGCCGGCCCUAGCCCAGAAACAAUCCAGUCAGCAGCUGAUGGUGUGUAGCUCCAGUGUUCCUACUAACACAGUCAACAGUAGCUUCUUGUCUUCAGUGAAGACCACAUACUCCGGUCAAACCAACGUCUCACCAGUCAAACCUGCUCCUCUCCCACCUAACCUGGAUGACCUGAAGGUGUCAGAGCUCAGACAGCAGCUGCGUAUCCGGGGCAUGCCAGUCUCAGGCACCAAGAUGGCCCUCAUCGAGAGACUCCGCCCCUUUAAGGACCACACCUCAAGCCCCUCCCAUUCAGGCUCCAAUGACAUCACCACGGCCACCUUCCCUGUCACCCCCACAGGGUCCCUGUCCUCCUACCAGUCCCCCUCCUCCUCCAGCACCCUCUCCCAGGGCGGGUAUUACCCCUACCCCAGCACUUCCUCCACCCCACCCAUAUCCCCCGCUUCCUCAGACCUCUCCCUCAGCGGCUCACUCCCAGACAGCUUCAGCGGCAUGCCCAUGUCCUCCUCUCCACUGUUUUGCAUCCAGCCGUCCCCAGGCCAGCUCAGCGCUGAGGAAGGCCAGGGGGGAAGGGGUUUGAGCGGGGUAGGACUGCAGGGAGGGGAGGUUGGAGGGAUGGAGCGGGAGAAGGAUAAGAUUUUGGUGGAAAAACAGAAAGUGAUUGAGGAGCUGACGUGGAAGUUGCACCAGGAACAGAGACAGGUGGAGGAGCUCAAGAUGCAGCUGCACAAGAGGAAGCGUUGCCAUGGCGCCACACAGGAGGGCGUCCGGCUCCGUCCCAGCCCCACCACCCACCCCUCCAGCAAUCCCCGUCCCUGAUGGCAACACUUCUUUGGGGUGACAGUCAAGCAGGAGCCCAUGUCCCUCACCUCCAGCUGCCCCUUCUCCUCCCCCAAGCACCUAAAGAGUCCUCCAGGAAGCUGCUUGGAGGGGAUGGGCCAUUGCGGUGCCUCCCUGCCCAGUAUGGGGGGCCCUGGUGGGCCACGAUGCCUGGACCAGACCGCCUCUGGAAGUCCCUCAGGCAUGUGUGCCUUCCUGAGCCCCCAGUGCUCUCCUGAAGACACGCCCAUCACCAAGACGUCCAACAGCCCCCAGCCUUCCUCCCCCAACAACCCCUACCUGCUGUCACUGCCGCUGGGCAGAGACGGGUGCAGCCAUCCCAACCAGGCCAGCACCAGGCCCCGCAACAUGCAGAUUCACCAGAAGAAUGAAGGCCAGGCUAUAAACUGCUCCUAUCCCUCUGACCAGAGAGGCCUUCAGUCAGCACUCCCCAACUCAGCCGACAACAGCCUGAACCACAGUGUCAACCUUAAGUCCAAGAACCCAAAUAUGCAGCAGAAGAUACCUAUAUUGCCCUGUCCCCAGCACGUUGGCCAAAAGUGCCCGGUCUCGUCCCCCGCCUUCUGUAGCUCAGAUUCAGCUGCAUCCGACUCUAGACAGCCCCCUUGCUAUGAGGAUGCAGUCAAGCAGCAACUGACCAGAAGUCAGCAGAUGGAUGAGCUUCUGGAUGUGCUCAUAGAGAGUGGAGAGAUACCAGCUAACGCCAGAGAAGAGAGGGAGAGGUCCUCUGUAACCAAAGUUGUGCCUCACAUUACAGUGUCCCCUGGAACCACCGACCUUGCAGACCCAAAGUUCCACCGAAGACACUACGAACACCUGUCCCCCUCCCAGCUCAAUUAUGACCACACAGCCAAUCACAUUGCAGACAGCCACCUUCAGACCCUGCGGAAGCCCCUAAGCCGAGGGGGUGAGGUCGCCCUUCUCAAGAUGGUCGCAGAGGAAUCAGGGCAGGGAGAGGAGAGGGAUAUUGGACUAGAGGGCUACCCCGGUCCGAACCACCACCACCAGGACAAACUGCUCUCCAACAGGGGCCUGAUGGAAACCCCAACACCUCUAUCUCCCAUCCACUCCAAAGUGACGUCCGUGGCGGAGGUGCAGGGGAUGGUCGGCAUGACGUUUAGCGAGUCACCGUGGGAGACGAUGGAAUGGCUGGACCUGACUCCCCCGAGCUUGGCUACAGGAUUCAGCUCUGUCCCUCCCACCGGGUCAAGCAUCUUCAACACAGAGUUCCUGGAUGUUACAGACAUCAACCUGAAUACAGCCAUGGACCUUCAUCUAGAGCACUGGUGAAACACCGGAGACUAGCUAUGGACCAGCUAGCCACUAUCUGGCUAGCAACCUACAAAAAUAACAAUAUUUUAUUCAUUUAGCAGAUGCUCUUUUCCAGAGUGACUUACAGGUGCCUUGCUCUGAUUUUUCACCGAGUUGGCUCAGGGAUUCAAACCAGCAACCUUUUGGUUACUGGCCCUACGCUCUUAACCAGUGGGCUACCUGCCAGCCCCCAACACAGCAGGAUACAAGCUAGCUACCUGGAAAACACAACAAGAAACUAUAGUGUCUACUAGCUAGUUACCUAGAAAACACAACAAUAGACUCUAGCUAGCUACCUAGAAAACACUACAAGAAACUAUAGUGUCUACUAGCUAGCUACCUAGAAAACACAACAAGAGACUAUAGAGUCUAGCUACUAGCUAGCUACCUAGAAAACACAAGAGACUAUAGUCUCUACUAGCUAGUUACCUAUAAAACACAAUAGACUAUAGUGUCUACUAGCUAGCUACCUAGAAAACACAAGAGACUAUAGUGUCUACUAACUAGCUACCUAGAAAACACAACAAGAAACUAUAGUGUCUACUAGCUAGCUACCUAGAAAACACAACAAGAGACUAUAGUGUCUACUAGCUAGCUACCUAGAAAAAGAAAUAGGCUAUAGUGUCUACUAGCUAGCUACCUAGAAAACACAACAAGAUACUAUAGUGUCUAGCUAGCAAGUUACCUAGAAAACACAACAAGAGACUAUAGUGUCUACUAGCUAGCUACCUAGAAAAAGAAAUAGGCUAUAGUGUCUACUAGCUAGCUACCUAGAAAACACAACAAGAUACUAUAGUGUCUAGCUAGCAAGUUACCUAGAAAACACAACAAGAGACUAUAAUGUCUACAAGCUAGCUACCUGGAAAACACAAGAGACUAACGUAAACUCACCCCAUUCCGUACAAAUGUGUGUAACCGCGACAUUCAAACGAGGCUGCAAAGAAAACUAAUGGGACUGUAGCGACUGUGUUGACUUCAAAAUCUGGGGUGUGAACUAUGUUUCUAUUCAAGCGUUGAUCGACAUGGUAAUAGCUCUAUAGUAUUGGAGAAAAGUUGAAAAAAACUGACCCUUCGUUACAUCGUGACAUGUCAUGCCCGUAACGUACAGCACGCAUAAAGCAACUAUUUCUGUCUUACAAUCUCUCUCUACCAGGUGUAGCACUCUCAUCAUUAAAAACAAGAAAUGGACAGUGACGGGGUAAGGGGGAUACCUAGUCAUUUUUUUGCGUCAUCACUGCAAGCGAUCAUGACUCUCAAAGCCGCUGUUUACUUCUGAAGAUCACUUUAGCCCCGCCCUAAAAACCCGAUUCAAAUUCGACACAAACCUUCAAAUAGGUCUUUCACAUCAGUGGAAAAGGGGACAAGAGGAUUUCACUGGACACUACUGAGAUGCGCCCUACAUGUUGCCUAAGGGUUGAUGAGGGAAACCUUCCAUCAGUGCGAGCCUCGUAUCAUGGCGAGCGGUCCGAGCCACAUGCCGAUUUUAUCUAUGAUUCUGUGUGUGAUCAGGAAGGCUGGGCAGCUGAACAGUGCUGUAGCAUAACAUGACUGUUGUGGGGGUCGGACACUCCUUUUACACAGACAGAUGCAGCACUGGCCUGGUCAAGCAAUGAAAUGUAUAUCUGACAUGUUCAACUUGUGACGUCUUGCAAAGUGAUAGGUUUAAUAGCUUGGCUAUAACUUCAUCCACUUUUCAACGUGUGGCAGGUGGAGAACUGUGUCUUAACUGCUUGAGGAGACAUUGCCGAGUGCGUCCGUGGUAACAAGUCCUAACUGCUGAACAGAUCCGGUAAAUAAUAGCAGACUGUUUUGAGAUGUACACAUACAUAUAGAUUUACAAUCAUACUGUACAGUUAGCAGAGAACAACAUUUGGAGUCAUACUGUAAAAUUGCAUAUUAAGAAAAUAAAGCCACGUUUACACCAUC